AUGUCAGACAAUAGUUCUGAUGAUGACUUUACCCCGGAAGCAUUUCAAGAAAGAUCAACAGACACGACAAUCAAUUUUGUUGUACAAAAAUUACUUCCAUCAUUGGAACCGGUUACUUUAAAUUCGAUUGUUCUGAAUAUUUAUAUUAAAUUUGACAAAGGCAAACAAGUAGAAGCAUUCAUAGAAGAAUUAAAGCAACCAAAUGAAAAUCUUCACAAAGGCGCUGAUGGACAAUAUGUUUCAACCCUUCAUCAAUAUGCACUCGAAUCAACACGGGGGCCAAUUGAUAUGAGCAAUCAAAGCGUGCGUUUGAUCUAUCAACCGAAUUUGUUUACACGAAGAAAUGACGCAUUUGGACCGUGGAAUUUCAAUUAUUUACUAACACUCCUUGCACUCGACUAUCAAUGUGACCACGAUAGUAAAUUUCAAUUUCCUCCUGUCUGGAAAACAAAUUCAAAAACACAAGUUCAUGUGGUUGUUAAAAAUAUUCAAAACGAAAUAACUACAUCGCCGGAAACUGCAAGCUCGACUACAGUGUCUACAAAAAAGGAAGAUGUUACACUCGAAAGUUUUCUAAAAACUAUCUGUCGACAAAAUCAACGCGACGAAAACAGUGUCACAAGUUGGUUAACAGCACUUCAAGAGGAAAGUAUUACUACUGUUCAGCAUCUUCGCAGUGCAGUAGCUAAUGAAAGAUGUUGGGAGAGUCUGCAAUCACCCAAACUGUUAAUUAAACAAAUGAUACGAGAUUAUAUUCAAUUGAAUGAUUCUUCAAGCAAAUCUCAAGAAACUCAAAGCCUCUAUAAAGAUUCCGAUGCAACUCUAAUCGGUGACAUUCAUCGAAUUCGACGUUAUUUUCAUUACGUUACUAAAACAGAACAAUAUAUACCCUAUCUUGAUCCUGAUGCAGUGGAUAAGACCAUUAAUGAAAUUCGAAAAACAUAUGAUGAUGAUGGAAAUGUUCUACACAAUAUUCAUCAAUAUUUAAAAACAUUUUGUAUUAAAAAUAAAAACAUCGAUUUAGAAGCACACAAAAAGCGAAAGCAAGAAUGGACUGACGAACAAAAAAGAUUGGAAGAAGAAGUUAAAACAUUUCGUAAGGAAAUUUUAAUCUCUGAAGAAGAAGCUAAAGGAGCACAAACAAAAGUUAGAGUUUGCCAACAGCACUUUAUCAAUGCUGAAAAAGAAAAAGAAAUUGCCUUGAAGGAAGCUGAAAAGCUCAAUGCCGAAGCAGCUACCUUAAAUUGGAGUCAGGAUCUAACAGCAUGGACUAGAAAACGAGACCAAGCAAAAGAAAAAGUAGGCAAAGCUACGCAGGACGUUGAAAAAGUGCAACGUCAAUUGGAAAUUGCACAAGCCAAACUUGCUGUACACACUGAACCCAUACGUCGAAAGAAAAAUACAAUUGCUGAAAAUGAAGAAAAAAUUCGAGGCUUAACGACUUUUCUCAAGAUCGAUCCAAUUGAAGCACAAAAAAAAUUAAAUGUUAAAUACGGACGAGGAUUACUUCUCUAUGGACCUCCAGGAACAGGUAAAUCUGAACUAUUAAAACGAGCAGCUACAUUUGCUGGUAUUACGAUGACUACAACAGCUCUAGCUGCUGGCGAAUUAAAUCGCCCAUAUGUUGGUGAAACUGAACGAUUGCUUGUUGAUAUAAUGUCUCGAGCGAAUACGAUUCCAUAUUUGAUUUGCGCUAUGACAAUUGAUGAGAUCGAUGGACUUGUUCCAAAAAGAACAAAUAAUGCUCAACAAUCAAAAGUCGAUGGAAUUAGUGUUUUACUUUCUCAUAUUGAAGGUGUUAAAAAUAUUCAAAAUUUAAUUGUACUUGGUGCAACUAAUCGAAAAAAUAUGAUGGAUGAAGCAUUUUUACGUCGGAUGCAAUCAAAAUGUUUUGUUGGUCGACCAUCACCACAAAUUCGAAGAAAAAUGCUUGAACCAUUGCUAUAUCUUGAUGCGAAUAUGUUUAAUGAGAAAUGUAUGGAUUUUCUUGUUAAAAUAACAACAAAUUUUAGUGGUGCUGCUGUUGGUGCAUUAAAAUCUAGUAUUGUUGUUGCCAUGGAUAGUUAUAAAAGUACAAAUUUAACAAACAAAGUGUUUCUUGAUCUAGCUGAUAAUACAGCACGAGAAUUUAGUUGUUGGUUUGGCAUUGGAACAUUACCAGAGAUUUGUCGUCUCUAUCCAAACAUAUUUUCAUCAAAUGAUCAGCAAGAAAAAUAUUCACUUAAAUUACCAGAUAGUCUUCCGACAGGUCGUAUUCUUAUCGAUUUAGACAGUCGAAAACGUUAUAUCGAAUUCAAAACUGAGCCAACAAUUGAAGACGAUCUAGAUCAAGAAGAAACGUCUACAAUGACUUUAGUUUCACGAUUUAUUAGUGGUUGUUUCAGUCGAAAUAUUGAUGCGAUUCAAAUAAUUGAUUUAAAUUUUUUAACAAAAAAUAAUGCAUUUGAAGAUAGUGGAAAAUUUGAACUUUUAACAACAAUAUUCGAUGAAUGUGAAGAAUACAAUCGAUCUAUGCUAGUAUUUGAUAUUGAUUCGUUGAUUAUGCUUAAUGUGACUGAUUCAGCAAUGUCACCAUCAACUUCGAUAUCGAAUAUACAAUUAUAUCAAUGCAUUCGAGAAAAAUGUAAGAGAGCUGUUGUUGAACGAAAUUCAACGGAUGAAAGGACACAAACCGAUAUGACGUUUUGGAAAGAAAAAUGGAUAGUGAUGAUUGUUAAAAAUCCAUAUCUUCGUAAACACUUAGUUGAUGAGAUCGAAUUUAAAAAGACACUUCAGGAAACUCAACAAAAACAUGAAGAUGAACAAAAACGAAUCGAUAAUGAAACCGUUACAUUAUGUCCUAAAUGUUUACAAAGUUAUAUUCCAUCCAAAGUCGACCAUGGAAGUUGUCGGUAUCACAAUGGAUACAUUAUCGAUCUUGACAAUCCAACUAAGAUUUUGACUCAAGAUGACGCUCAACAAAUAAUACAACGCGUCGCAUUAGACGCAGCUAUGACUACUAAUAAUGAAAAUCCGAAUCAAAAGGCAGCAAUGCCGUUCUUGUAUUGGGCCUGCUGUUCAAGUACUUUUAUGAGUGGCCAACCGUGUAAAAUCGGUACUUGUGGACUACCUGAAACAAUGAAAGGACAAACAAUCGGUCCAAAUGAAGAUUUGAUACUUUUAGUUCAAAAACAUUUUCAGGAAGAUCAACAAAUUAAGGAAAAUGCUGCUAGACUUGUAAAACAUUACCAAGAGAAAAAACGAUCUAUACGGUCAACUGCACAAACAACAACCAAUAUUCGAGCUCCAUCAUCAUCAUCGUCAUCGACAGUUUCUUCACUCACCCAACGAAAAUAA